GCGUGCAGACCAUUGCAGAUGCUCGCUCCCCCCUCCCUCCUCUCGCAUGUUUUCCUCACAUCCUCCCCCACCAGCCCACUGAGCAUAAUCCCACCACCUCUCUCUCUCUCGCUCACUCUUGUGCACGACGCGAGAAGCGUUUGGCACAUGGAAUCGGGAGAGAUUCCGAGAGUCUUCGGGGCCCUGCGUGUCGCUCUGAACCCGUAGGGUGGAGCCCUGCUCCCGCCCCUUCCUCUUCCCGCUCCCUGACUUUUCCCAACCUGCACCCAGUGGAAGUGGCUUCCCUUUGCAGUCGAGCGGGAGGACUUGAGACAGUUGUCAGGUGUGUUUGCUUUUGUCUGAGCGCGGAAGCGGUUUGGGGGCAGCCAUGGCGCACGCCGCCGCCCACAUUAAGAAGGCCAGGUCUGAGAUGGAUCCACCUGCGGACCUGAAGGCCCUGGAGAAGGCUAAGGAGAGAAGGCGCCGCUCCCGAGAGCAGGCAGAACGAAAGCGCAAGUCUGACAGCAACACCAGCUUCCUGCGCGCGGCCAGAGCAGGGAACAUCGACAAGGUGUUGGAAUACUUGAAAGGGGGAGUGGACAUCAACACCAGCAAUCAGAAUGGACUGAAUGCGCUGCACCUUGCAGCCAAGGAGGGCCACAUCGAGCUGGUUGAGGAGCUGCUGGAUAGGGGCGUUGCCUUGAAUUCCGCAACAAAGAAAGGAAACACAGCUCUGCACAUCUCCUCUCUUGCCGGUCAGGCCGAAGUGGUGAAGAUUCUGGUCAAACAAGGUGCCGACAUCAACACGCAGUCUCAGAAUGGCUUCACCCCGCUCUACAUGGCCGCUCAGGAGAAUCACCUGGAUGUGGUGCGAUACCUCCUUGAGAACGGAGGCAACCAGAGCACUGCCACAGAAGAUGGCUUCACCCCUCUGGCCAUUGCCCUUCAGCAGGGCCACAACCAGGUGGUUUCAAUCUUGUUGGAGAACGAUACCAAAGGGAAAGUCCGCUUGCCCGCCUUGCAUAUUGCGGCCCGCAAAGAUGAUACCAAAUCGGCAGCCUUGCUUCUCCAGAACGACCACAAUGCCGAUGUCCAGUCCAAGAUGAUGGUCAAUAGAACUACUGAGAGCGGAUUCACCCCCCUGCAUAUCGCCGCCCACUACGGCAACGUCAACGUGGCUACGCUCCUCCUGAACCGAGGGGCAGCCGUGGACUUCCUCGCCAGGAACGGCAUCACACCCCUUCACGUCGCAUCCAAGCGAGGCAACACCAACAUGGUUUGCCUGCUACUGGAUCGCGGCGCUCAGAUAGACGCGAAAACGAGGGAUGGCCUCACGCCGCUGCACUGCGCCGCCCGGAGUGGACACGACACAGCUGUCGAGCUUCUCCUGGAGAGAGGAGCGCCUCUGCUUGCCAGGACAAAGAACGGCCUGUCUCCCCUUCACAUGGCGGCCCAAGGCGAUCACGUGGAAUGCGUCAAACACCUUCUGCAGCACAAGGCGCCCAUCGGCGACGUGACUUUGGACUACCUGACGGCUUUACACGUGGCAGCCCACUGCGGCCACUACAGAGUGACCAAGCUGCUUUUGGACAAGAGAGCCAACCCUAACGCCCGGGCCUUGAACGGCUUUACUCCGCUACACAUAGCGUGUAAGAAGAACCGGGUGAAAGUCAUGGAGUUGCUGGUCAAACACGGCGCCUCAAUCCAGGCCGUUACAGAGUCCGGUUUGACGCCCAUCCAUGUGGCGGCCUUCAUGGGUCACCUUAACAUCGUCCUGCUGCUGCUGCAAAACGGCGCUUCUCCAGACAGGAGCAACAUUCGUGGCGAAACUUCGUUACACAUGGCGGCCAGGGCCGGUCAGGUGGAGGUGGUUCGCUGUCUGCUGAGGAACGGAGCAAUGGUCGACACCAGGGCUCGGGAGGAGCAGACCCCCCUCCACAUUGCUGCCCGGCUGGGCAAAACCGAGAUUGUCCAGCUCCUGCUGCAACACAUGGCCCACCCCGAUGCGGCCACGGCCAAUGGCUACACUCCUCUCCACAUCGCCGCCAAGGAGGGCCAAGUGGAGACUGCCUCAGUGCUACUGGAGGCGGGGGCUUCGCACUCGCUGGCCACAAAGAAAGGAUUUACUCCCCUUCAUGUCGCCUCAAAGUACGGAAGCCUAGAUGUGGCCAAACUUCUACUGCAGCGUUGUGCGCCACCUGAUUCUGCAGGGAAGAAUGGCCUGACCCCGCUCCAUGUUGCAGCACAUUAUGAUAACCAGAAGGUGGCGCUUCUGCUCCUGGACAAAGGAGCAUCCCCUCACUCGAUUGCCAAGAACGGUUACACCCCUCUCCACAUUGUGGCCAAAAAGAACCAAAUAGACAUUGCGACAGUGCUCCUGAACUACGGCGCCGAAAGCAACGUCCUGACCAAACAGGGCGUCACGCCACUCCACUUGGCUUCGGAGGAGGGCCACGCCGACAUGGCUGCGCUGCUCCUGAGUAAGGGAGCUCAUGUCAACACCCCUACUAAGUGUGGCCUUACCGCCCUUCAUUUGGCAGCACAGGAUGAUAAGGUUGCUGUUGCGGACAUCCUUGCCAGAAAUGGCGCCAACCUCAACCAGCAGACCAAAGUAGGAAGCUAAAAAAAAAAAAAAAAAAAAAAAAAAAUUUACACACCACAACAUAAUAAAAAGUUUGGCAAGUUGAAAAUCAACGCUUCCACGAACGGAUACAGCCCUCUUCACCAGGCUGCCCAGCAGGGCAACACGCACAUCAUCAACAUACUGUUGCAGUACGGCGCCAAGCCAAACGCUGUCACCGUAAAUGGAAACACAGCUCUGGGUAUUGCUCGACGGCUGGGCUACAUCUCCGUUGUGGACACGCUGAAGGUCGUCACAGAGGAGAUCGUCACCACCACAACGACGGUGACGGAGAAACACAAGCUGAAUGUUCCAGAAACAAUGACGGAAGUAUUGGAUGUCUCAGAUGAAGAAGGCGAUGACACCAUGACGGGUGACGGAGGGGAGUAUUUAAGGGCUGAAGACCUCAGAGAGCUUGGAGAUGAUUCGCUGCCAGGGCAGUAUCUGGAUAACAUGAACUACCUCACCCUCAGCAAUGAGGGGGCGCACACUGGCAGUUCUGAAAGGUCUUUCACCCCCACGCGCCAAAACUACUAUCACAAACACGAAAGCAUGAUGGAUGAAAUGCUGGCCUGUCAGAUGUCAUCGCUUUCAAGGGAAAAUGAGCGAGACUCAUACCGGCUGAGUUGGGGCACAGAGAAUCUGGACAACAUAGCUUUAUCCUCCAGUCCACUGCACUCUGGCCGCUCCUCUCCGUGCCGUGAUCAUACGGACCACAGCAGCUUCCUGGUUAGCUUCAUGGUGGAUGCAAGGGGUGGAUCCAUGCGGGGCUGCCGCCACAAUGCUGACAAAAAUGGGACCUGUACCAAAGACACACCAGCCCUGAACUCCUCUAGUAUCAAGCCUUUAAGUCAAUAUACCGCUGUACCUGAAUGGGAAAGUGUAUUUUGUCCUUACAUAACAAGAUAUGUAGUGAAUCAUCUACAGAUUCCAGGGUUUGUGUUUCAGUCCCUGAGAAAAAAAACAAAAAACGUUGAUUGCAAGUGUCUCUUAUCCAAGGCCCAGCCAGUGAGUUUGGAUAUUGUCAGAAGGACUCUUGGGAACAAGUCCAGCUUCAGCCCCAUCGUCACUCUGGAGCCCCGUCGAAGGAAGUUUCAUAAACCCAUAACCGUGACGAUCCCGGUCCCGAAAGGUAACUCUGACCCAGUCCUCCACAGUUUGGGACGGGACACCCCAACCUUACGACUGCUCUGCAGUAUCACAGGUGGAACAACACCAGCUCAGUGGGUGGCCAUAACAGGAACCACCCCCUUAACAUUUGUCAGUGACCGUGUGUCCUUCACAACGAACGUUUCUGCGAGGUUUUGGCUUAUAGACUGCCGGCAAGUCCAGGAAUCGGUCAACUUCUCCUCUCAAGUGUACCGGGAGAUCAUCUGUGUGCCUUACAUGGCUAAGUUUGUCAUCUUCGCCAAAACCCACGACCCCGUUGAGGGCCAUCUGCGCUGCUUCUGCAUGACCGACGACAAAACUGACAAGACGCUGGAACAGCAAGAGAACUUCACGGAGGUGGCCCGCAGUCGAGAUGUGGAGGUUCUAGAAGGAAAGCCCAUCUAUGCAGAUUGCUGUGGGAACUUUGUUCCCCUCACCAAAAGUGGCCAGCAUCAUCUCUUCAGCUUUUUUGCCUUCAAGGAGAACCGACUCACACUUUUCAUCAAAAUCAGAGACAACACCCAGGAGCUGUGCGGCCGCUUGUGUUUUCUGAAGGAACCCCGUAGUUACAGGUCACUCGCCCACAGCGCCAUAUGCAACCUCAACAUCACGCUGCCGUCAUACUGCAAGGAUUCUGAUUCUGAUCAAGAUGAAGAGAUCAACACAACACAAGAGAGAUAUGAAGAGACGCCAACGUCAGUCCCGAAAUCCGAGCUGAUUCGGGAACCAGACCUCCUAUCAGACGUGUCGGAGAUGAAAAAAGAUUUGAUCAAAAUGACGGCCAUUUUGACAGCCGAUCCCUCAAAGAAAUCCCCUUCUUUGGAUGGGUGCGGUUCUGAGAAAGGAGGACACAAUGUUUCGAGGGUCCCCUUAGAAAUAAUGGAGAAGGACCUCGAGAAAGUUAAAGAGGACCUUGAGAAAGUUAGUAAAAUACUAAGUAGCGGAGCGUAUGAUGAAGCAACAGAAAAAAGCAGAGAGGCUGAGGAGUGGGUUCUCCUCUCGGGCAGUGAGAUAGAGGAGGCCCAAAUGAAGGCAGCUUUGGAAAACCCAGAGCCUGUCUUCUAUGCACCUAAGGUUAACAGAGAGACUCCAAGAGCAACAAAAGACGGCAGUGAUCCUAAAGAAUACCUCCUUGACUCACCCCAAAAAAAGUCAACACCUUCAACCAAAGUACAAACACGUUCUGGGGAUGUCGGGAAAGAUCAUCGACAAGCUGGUAACUCCGCGGUCUCUGUUACGUCACAAUCUGUGUCCCCGCUUGUGGAAGAGACUCCCAUUGGCUCAAUCAAAGACAAAGUCAAAGCCUUGCAACAGAAAGUAGAGGAAGAACAAACGAGAAAAGGAAUGAAGCCUUCACAAUUGCCUGUUAGUGCAAAACUGCCUCCAAAAGUCAAAGAAAUCCAUCCACGUAGAGCAACGCCUGCAGCGGGAUCAGAAAAACAUGAGGACAGUGUCUCGGUUAAAGAGUUGAUGCAAGUGUUUCAAAAAGAGCCCUCCCAGAGAGAAUCGGGGUCAUAUAAGCCUAAAACAUCAAGGGUGCCAAGAUUGGAAGACACCCCAAAGUCGGAAUCUGUGCGCAAAGAACAAGAAGUAUCUCUUGAUUCUAAGAUUUGUCCACUCAGCAGGGCGGAAAAAAAGAGCAGCGCAGAGUCAGCGAUAACCAAAAUGAGUGACUUUGGAAAAGGUGACAACGAGGAGAACUCCCACGAGGAAGGAGUCCCUGCAGACUCGACAAGUGCCAGUUCUGGAACGCCUCAUCUGAGUUCUGAGGACAGUUACAAACAUGAGGGUCUGGCCACCCCUGGAACUAGCCCUGAAAGUUUGGGUCUUUCACCCAAAAAUGAACAAACACCGCAAGUAGUGGCAAAAACCACUGCGGUGUUUGAAAAAGGAAGUAAAGACACAGAAACGACUGGCAUCCCAAGUCAAACAACAGGCCCUGGUGACCAAAUGUCUACUGAUUUGACCUUGGGUGUGCCUUUCAGCGAGGCUGCAGAUGACUGCGCACCAAGUGAGUCCACAUCUGAUUCAAGGAGUACCGGCACACAAAAGACUGUUUUGAAUACCGUCGAGCAACAUAUGGACGGCAGCGGCCCUGAUUUUCAGCUCUCAUUGCCUCUAGCUUCUUCUGAAACUCCGAAACCCUUUUAUAAGUGCCACGGAAGCUUGGAGUUGCUUAUAAAGCAAGAUUCCGAUCCUCUCAGUCCAUUAGCUGACAACUCUUUGACAAUAAGCCACAGAGACUCGCUCGAAGGUAGUCCCGUUUUGGAUGACAACUCCUCCAUUAAGUCCCCAGAUUCCAUUGAACCCAGCCCUACCAAGGAAUCCCCUCCUCAUGACUCCUUAGAGAGUAGCCCUGUUGACCAGCACAGUCAUCCAUCAUUCCCAUUCAUGGUAGAUCAUCCAAGUCAAUCCCGAAUCCAUCCAGAGUCCUCUAAUGAAGCGUCGAUCAAAGAUGCGUUGCAUGGUAGGCAUUUCCGAGACCUUGAGGGUAGUGCUGAUGAUGACAGUUGUGAGCAGACAUCACAGCUGACAAGUUCGGGUAAGAGUCCUCUCUCCCCCGACACCCCUAGUUCUGAUGAGGUAAGUUACGACUUUAAUCCCAAACAUCCUGACCAUUCAUCCCUCUCUUUCCCAUUCAAACCAGCAGUCAUCUACGAAGACCCAGAGGAGGAGGAUACAUCAGACAGCAGUCAAGCUCACAAAACAGUUACAGCUAGAAAGAAAUCGGUUGAUGAGAUGGAGGGGGACUUAGAGUUCCCAAGGGACACAGAAUGUAAAUUUGGGGUGAAAAGACUCACUGAGGAUGCAGGGUUACCUCUUCUCUCUAACUCCCAUAUUAAAGUUCCCUCUUCUUUUUCAGCAGGUGUGAAUGAUGGAUCCCACAACAAAAGAGCUAGUAUCAGCCAAGAGGAAACCUACAACAUCAAUCUGAAAACAGCGCCGCAACCAACAGUUCCGCCACCUGUUGUUGCUGCUCCAAACAGACCUUCCAAAACGGUGGCAACAUUGAACACAGAAAACAGAACUGAUGAGCAAAAGGAGGACAGUUUACGGAAGUCAAGGGAAAUUGUGCCAGGCUUAAGCGUUCCCCAAUUUCCGACCUAUGCACCAGCUGGCAACGUAACAGAUGAAGUCAAAGCAGCACCGGAGGUUGGACGUGAUGCACCGAGCCAACCGAAGGAAACGUUUAAAGCAGAGUUGUGUAUCUAUGAUGAUACAGAAGAGGUUGAACGUGAUCAUCCCCGAACCGAGUCCAAAGGUGUCACUGCCAAGGUGGACGCAGCGUACUCGUGGUCUGCCAUGCUGGACAACGAUGACGCUUUUGAUGCUCGUCUCAAAAUCGAGGAAGAGAAGAUACUCAAUCUGGUGGUGGACUCUCAGUCUAUGCCGGGCACACCAGACACCACACCGGGUAAAACGCCAACUGAGGAGAGCACACCGACAAGUGAACCCAACCCUUUUCUCUUCCAAGAAGGGAAGCUGUUUGAAAUGACCCGAAGCGGUGCAAUUGAUAUGACCAAAAGGAGCUGUGAGGAAGACGGGGGUGGCUUUGCUUUUUUCCAAAUCGGUGAACAUCCGCUCGAGGCGUCCAUAUUAGAAAACAGCGGGCAAGAAUGCAAGACAUCGGCAACCCAGCAGGAAGUUGGCCUCAAUCUCAAACUAGAGGUCAAGAUCAAGGACCAGUCUGAAGAAACAGUUGAUGCGCAGCUUCAGUUGGCAACUGAGGUUGAUCAGGCAUCCGCCAAAUCAAAAAUCCCCAAAAUGGGCCUUUCAGCUUCAGCCAAACCUGCCGCCAAAGAUCAACAAGACCUAGAAAGCCUUGAGGCUAAAAUAGAUCACAGUACAAAUAGAGAAUCCUCCGGUUUAGACGCAAGCUCCGCUGAUCAAAUGAUCAUGAAUGUGGAGACAGCAGAAACCACAGUUACGAGAUCUAUAUACUCUGAGCAGGGAAGAGAGUCAUCCGAUUCUUCUCCAGAUGAAUCAAAGUCAGUGAUACAGCCCCCCAAUUUGACCCAACUGUCUCAGAAAAGCACGUCUGAUACCGUUCCCCUCAAAAGCCAAUCCAAGCCAACUCAUCAAGUUAAAAAUAAAACCGCUCCUGUCGCUGUAUCAAAAUCACGAAUUCCCAUCAAAUCUAAGCCUCUCAAACCAGACUCUUUGGCAAAACCCAGCGAAGGCAAAAAACACAGAGGGCCCACAAACAGGGGUCCACGGAGAAAGUCUGAAGGCUCUUGUGUGGAUGUCAAGGCUAAGACAUCCACCAAGAGCUUCUCUGAGGGGGUCUCGACCAGGCCAAUGACUAACACAGGAGAGACCAAACCAAAAGCCUUCCAGUCAAGAUUGCCCAUCAAAGGUAAAGGUGGCCAAUCUUCUCAAUCAUCAACAGCCAGCAAAGAGAGAAGCAAGGCACGCAAGCACUCCGACGGAUCUUUCGAAGAGAUCAGCGACGAGGCCGCAAAGCUUGUGAAAAGACUGGCCGAGACAACGAAAGAAAGUGACGACGACAACUCCGAGGACGAGAGCGGUCUUCUCGAUCCAUCUGUAAUCGAAAGGGACGCGUUCACCGAUUUUCACUCCCUGCCCUCUGGAAAUGUCGUUUCCAUUAGGCGGCGGACCAGCGACGCUGUUGAGACACACGUGCAGCAAAUCCCCGGCAAUUCAGUUCCAAGUCACGACGCACAGGGUGGAGCGCAGAGCAGAAAGCAAACUUUGUUGACAAUAGCUGACCGCCUGGGCUUCAGCUGGGAAGAGCUGGCACGAAAACUGGAAUUCACUGAGGAGCGGAUCAACUUGAUCAGGACUGAAAACCCUGCUUCCUUACGAGACCAGAGUUACGCCCUUUUGGAGUUAUGGACCGAGGGAGAAGGAAUAGACGACAGAGGUUUGUACAAUGUUGUAGGACACGUUUCGCAUCUUGAUUGUCCCACCUUGUAUGUUCGGCAGAGGUGACAAAAGUAGCCCAGU